UUGUGUCUGUCUGUCUGUCUGGCUGUCUCCUCCGAGCCUGCCUCCACUUCCAGAACUAAGCUGCCCGAACACCGACAUCCCGCGAACCCUCACCCCUUUCCCAUGGCAGGCUACGCCCCUUCGCCCCCACCUCCCUACCCUGUGACUGCUGGGUACCCGGAGCCUGCGCUGCAUCCUGGGCCCGGGCAGGCGACCCUGCCCUCCCAGGUGCCUGCCCCUGCUCCUGGCUUCGCUCUCUUCCCUUCUCCGGGCCCUGUGGCCCCAGGAUCUCCUGCUCUCUUCUUGCCGCUGCCAGGGGUGCCUUCUGGCCUCGAAUUUCUGGUGCAGAUUGAUCAGAUCUUGAUUCACCAGAAGGCUGAGCGAGUGGAAACGUUCCUAGGCUGGGAGACAUGUAACAGAUAUGAACUGCGCUCGGGCGGGCAGCCCCUGGGUCAGGCGGCGGAGGAGAGCAACUGCUGUGCCCGUCUGUGCUGUGGCGCUCGCCGACCACUGCGUGUCCGCCUGGCUGACCCUGGCGACCGCGAGGUGCUGCGCUUGCUCCGUCCGCUCCACUGUGGUUGCAGCUGCUGCCCUUGUGGCCUUCAGGAGAUUGAAGUACAGGCUCCACCUGGUACCACUAUUGGCCAUGUGCUGCAGACCUGGCAUCCCUUCCUCCCUAAGUUCUCCAUCCAGGAUGCUGAUCGCCAGACGGUCCUGCGAGUGGUGGGCCCUUGCUGGACCUGUGGCUGUGGCACAGACACCAACUUUGAGGUAAAGACUAGGGACGAAUCCCGAAGUGUGGGCCGAAUCAGCAAGCAGUGGGGAGGGUUGCUCCGAGAAACUCUCACGGAUGCAGAUGACUUUGGCCUUCAGUUCCCCAUGGAUCUGGAUGUGAGGGUGAAGGCUGUGUUGCUUGGAGCCACAUUCCUCAUUGACUACAUGUUCUUUGAGAAACGAGGAGGUGCUGGACCCUCUGCUAUUACCAGUUAGAGGUUGCCUCAGGGUGAAGAGACCAUCACCUCAACCAGAAUUCAAGAUGGUCGACUGCCCUGGCCUGUCCCCUCCUCACAGCCAGAUCCCUUCUUCUGUGUACACUGCAGAGGACAGACAGGGUGCCUGUUUGGGAGCCAUGGUACCCCAUCCCUAUCCUCUCCCCUGGCCUCCUUCACUUGUGACCCUGCAGAAGGGUGUGUAUAAGAGUCCUUCCCUGCUGCCUCCCACCAUCUUCCAGCAGUCCCAUGCACACUGGCAUAUCAACUUUUAAACUUUCCCUACCCUUUCCUCCUCCCUUCCAGGGCCUCUGCACCAGAGGCCUUUAUUAUUUGUUGCUUGUUCCUGUUUUUUGGUUUUUUUGCUGGUACUGGGGAAUUGAACUCAGGGCCUCUCAUUUGAACUACGCCCCCAGUCAUCAGAGGAGGCCUUUGCAACCCAGGACUCUGAUUUUGUAGCAGAGCUGGCAGAAGAAAGGCAAGCAGCACCAAAGUUGGCAGACAUGUUCCCCUUUCCCUGCAUCAGCUUGGCCAAUUAGUGCAGCCUCAAACUAUGGCAUUUUGAGGGGCUUCCCACCUCCCCACCAACAGCUAUAGAGGCUGGGCCCCAGUGCCAACUUCCUUUCCCCCCUGGGCCCUGCCCACAGCUGGUGCUUGCUGCAGCUUCCUGUGCCUUAUUUAACCACUCCCUUCCUUUCCUUGCUCUAGGAAGGAGGCUGCAUCUUUGUAUAUUAUAUUCAUAUAAACUUUGUAACUUUUUGAACAUUGGAAAAUGUAUGUGAGGAGGGGAGUAGAAGAAAGUUGGUAUGGGGAAAAAAACAAAGGGAACUACAACAGCUGGGCUGGGGUUGUCCCAUCUCAUAAUCUGUGCUAUUAGGAUUGAAU